AUGGCGGAAUUUAUUGACGAUUGUGUUCGCUCUGCUGUUUUAAAACUUAACAAUUCUCGAAAAUCGAAACGAGAACUGGUUCUUAAACGCGAGCAGGAGAUAGCGGUUAAAGAUUUACUUCUUGGGAAGCAUGUUUUAGCCGUUCUCCCCACUGGUUAUGGGAAAAGCUUGAUUUUUACGUUGUUCUUGUUGGCGCAAGAAAAUAUGGCAAAAAUAAAUAAAACUGAACGCAGUAGCGUUCUUGUUAUUUCUCCUCUACGCAGUAUUAUAGAAGAUCAAAUAGCUGAGAUGCUUUCGAUGGACUUCUCAGCGGUGGAACUUUCGGAUAAAAACGUUUCAGAAGUCGUCAAGUCUCCACCGCAGUAUAUUUAUGCAAGCGCGGAAAGCGCAAUCAAUAAAGCUUUUCUUGAUUCGCUCAAGAACAGCAAUUCUGCGAUUCAUCGAUCCAUUGCUCUUAUUGUCGUGGACGAGUCUCAUACUGUGGAAACGUGGACGGGGAAAAGAAGUAAAAGAGGAUCAAGCAUCCAGAGUGAAGCAUUCAGAGAUGCUUAUGGCAAACUGGCAAUUCUGAGAUCAAUGUGUAAAGAACGAACACCUGUUUUAGCACUAACUGGCACUGCUGAUGAGGUGACACAGAAGGUCAUUUGUUCCAAUUUGGCAAUAACUGAUGCAACAAAGUUGUUUGUCAGUCCAAAUCGAACAAAUUUGAGAUUUGACAUAAACAAGGUGCCAAAAACACUUAUGCUUUCCAAACUGGAUUGGAUUGCCAACAUGAUAAAACAAUAUAAUAUUGUCAUGCCAAAAACAAUUAUAUUUUGUGACACAAUCUAUGCUCUUGCCCAAGUAGUGAACUAUUUACAAAUGAAACUUGGCACAUAUGCAUUCUACCCAAACAGCUCAAAGAAGAGAGAGGACUGUUUGAUUGGCAUAUUUCAUUCAAUGAUUAAGGAGAAAUAUAAACAACGCAUUUUUGAAUCUUUAAAAGGAAGUGGUACAAAACGAGUUGUGGUUGCUACAUCAGCUUUGAGUAUGGGCGUAAAUUUUCCUGACGUAAAAUAUGUGGUGAUGUAUGGUCCACCAAGGAAUCUUUUAGAUUUUCACCAGCAAGCAGGGCGAGCCGGGCGAGAUGGAGCAUUAGCUCAUACUGUACUGUUCUAUUAUGGCCAGCAAGUUGCACAUGUUGAGAAUGAGAUGAGAGAAUUUCUACAAUUCAUCUGA